GCUGUUUAUGUGUAUUAUCAUAGCCCUGGGACAUGGUUUCGGUCGCCGUGCCCCAUGCGUAUGGGCAUACGGGCGGACGGACGUGUGUCUGUUGCGUGUACUGGCCAAUUGGGGCGCCUUGAGCUAGUCAGCCAGUCAGGGAGGCACGUACUCUUCUUUCUCGGCACAUGUGGGCAUUUUUCGUGCGGUGCGGUGCAGUGUGCUGUUGAAGGGGGCAGCGGGAACUGGCCAAAGGGAAGUCGUCCGCUGGUUGGUCCAGGUUCAUCAGCACCCAUACCCCUUCCCUCCAACAGUCAUCAUCACUCUCAUCAUCAUCAUCAUCUCUUUUAUCCUCUCCUUUUCUUGUCCUUCUUUUUCUUCUUUUCUCUUCUUCACAGCUUCACACCCACACCUCCGCCCCGCACUCUUUACUCUACCUUUCUUACAUUCAAAAGCCAUGUCUAACCAACAGCCAAUCGACGAUGAGGACUUUGGUCCCUCCGUGUCCAACGGCUACAAGCCCGGCCAGAAGAAGACCAUGGACGAAUACCAGACCCUGGAUGCUGACGACGAGGCUCUUCGCCGCUGGAAAGAGUCCCUCGGUGUCUCCAGCGCCGCUGCUUCCGGCGAUGAUCCCCACAACGUUGUCGUCCUCCAAUUGAUACUCGAGGUUGCUGGUCGUCCAGACGUCGUUCUGGAUCUUACUCAGACUGCUGAGGAACUCAAGAAACAUUCCUUCACGAUCAAGGAGGGUGUUGAGUACCGUCUCAAGGUUCUUUUCAAGGUUCAGCACUCAUUGGUCUCUGGCCUCAAGUACAGACAGGUCGUCAAGCGUAUGGGAGUCCGAGUCGAUAAGUCUGAGGAGAUGAUCGGAAGCUAUGCUGCCAAGCCCGACAUCAUUGAGAAGAAGUUCGCUGUCGAGGAGGCACCAAGCGGUAUGGUCGCACGUGGACACUAUGAAGCCAGAUCCAUGUUCGUUGAUGAUGAUGGCACUGUUCACAAGGAGUGGAACUGGUCUUUCGACAUCAAAAAGGAUUGGUAAACGACAAGCAAUAAGCAAUGCGAGCUGCCGAAAGAGAACAAAUGCACAGAACACACAUUUGGCAGACCCGCCUCGCUGCCCCUAAAGGAGAUCCAAAGAGAGUCCGAUAGCGCCUAUAUAAUAAAGUACAUAUUUAUCCAAA